GUGGACAUUACCGAACUUUGCCCAUCAGCCACUGUACUAGCACAACAAUUGACUCAUGUAGAACUUGAAAGACUGUCUUACAUUGGGCCUGAGGAAUUUGUGCAGGCUUUCGCCAAAGAGUCUCCGCAUUUAGAAACAUCUUUCAAAGAUAUGAAGAAAACCCGGAAUCUCGAAUCGUACGUUCAAUGGUUUAAUAGACUGAGCUACUUUGUAGCGACGGAAGUUUGUAAGCACGCAAAGAAGAAGCAACGCGUUCGUGUCGUCGAAUACUGGAUUGAGACUGCUCGUGAAUGUUUCAACAUUGGCAAUUUCAAUUCUUUAAUGGCGAUCAUCGCUGGCCUCAAUAUGUCCCCGAUAUCUCGCUUGAAAAAAACAUGGUCAAAGAUACAAUCUGCCAAAUUUUCGAUUUUGGAACAUCAGAUGGACCCAAGCAGCAAUUUCAGUAGUUAUCGUAGCACAUUGAAAGCCGCAAUGUGGCGUAGUGCUGGCGCUACAGAUGAACGUCAGAGAAUCGUAGUGCCCUUUUUCAGCCUUCUCGUUAAGGAUUUGUAUUUCCUCAACGAGGGCUGCAGUAAUAAACUGCCAAACGGUCACAUCAACUUUGAGAAAUUCUGGCAAUUAGCGAAACAAGUGACCGAAUUUAUCGCGUGGAAACAAGUUGCCUGUCCAUUCGAGAAGAAUCCGCGUGUCAUUGCCUUCCUCCAAGCGAGCCCCGUACUCACAGAAAAUACACUUGCAUUAGCAUCUUUUGAAUGUGAGCCGCCCGAUAAUAAUCCAGAAAAAGAACGUUAUAAAGCUUUAAAGUCUGAGAUGAAUGCCCAGUGAAAGCAAGCUAUGCCGAAAUAUACUGAAUGGGAACGAUAUUGAUAUGAAUAUAUAUGAAGAUACAUUUAUAAAUAUUAAUAUAUUCGUAAUUAUAGUUAGUUUAUAUGCAGAGAUGAUAAGAAGAAAAAUGAAAAAUGGAUGAUAAAGCAACAGUGAAUUAAAGUAUUACUAGGGCAACUUACAUGAAAUUAAGUAUUUCUGUCUUGCGAAUUUAUCAUGAGAGAAGAAACUCUUAAUAACAUUAAAUCUCAAUUUGGCGUUUUCAAGAAUAUCAUCUAAUCGAUCAAAACAACUGCACUAAUUUUUCUAUUGCACUUUUUUAAAAUUAUAGAUAUGUUU